UGGCGCAAUUCGUUCCUGUUCAGCCUCAUUUUCGGAGUGCCCACAAUGCUUAUAAUGGCUGUUUUUAUGUUGAUUUGGCCCCAUUCAAUGCCCGAUGGAUGUCCUGAACACAUGCUCCUUACUCCUCGUUCCUUGCUUCCCAAUGUUUCCGCCUCAGAUGCGCUCACUUUUUCAAGUUCGGAUCACGCAAGCAAUCAGUCUGUCCUUAUUUCUCAUCCACCAGAAAGUAUUACACCCAUUUGGCCAGUUUUUGAGCAGCUCUCUCAAUUCGAAUCUGCUUCCUUACCGGCAAUACCCCGAACGACAGCAGUUGAUGCACAAUUAAGUGUCGAAUCUCUCUAUUCAGUUCAUUGGUCACAUGCUGGCCCCUCUCCAAUGGUAUAUCCUGGCCUGUCAUGGGAGAACUUAUUUAUGCUACUUCUUGCCACACCCGUUCAGAGGCUACGUCGUAAUAAGGUUCUUGAUUCUGGUCUGCUACUUGUGAUUAAGGAACAGCUUCUAUGA